AAUUUUGUCGUUUUCAUUUUGUAUGGAUUGAAACUUACUGGGAAAUUUGCUAUAUUACCUGCAGUCCACAUUAUUUAUCCAUCUAUAAUAAAUACAAAGACGUGAUUUAAAAUGUAAAAUUGAUAUAGGGAAGAAGAGGCAUAUUUCUACAAUGUCGACUAACGAAGAUGGAAACAUCGAUUUUAAAGGGACUUCAUCCUACGAGAAUGAAAAGCAUGAAGAACAAUCGAGUUUCACACAUGAAGAGUUAGUCAAAUUAACCAAAGAAGCAAUCAGAAAUAUAAUCGAAAGUGAUCCGCUCCUUAGUGAUCUUCCAUUAGAUCCAACUGCUGAAGAAAUUAAAGCGCAAACUGCAGUGGCUCAAGGACAAGCCAUCGUUCUGUUUUUAGAUCGUGGAAAUUUGCCAAAAUUAUCGAUUGUGGUGCCACCGCGGAAUACAACUGUUUUGGAUUUGAAGAAAGCAAUCAAACGACAGACUAAUUUAGCCUUGAAACGAGAGCAUGUAACUCGAAAGAUUAGUUGGAAACACGUUUGGAAGAAGUAUAAUCUCUGUUACGAUAAUAUUAUAUUAAAUAACGAUAGGGAAGAUAUACAAAAUUAUGGAAUUGUUAAUAAAAUAGUCCUACGCUAUGUAAAAAGGAAAAGAAUUAAAAAUACAUUAUAA